CUCCUCUCCAGAUGCCUCUUUGCCUUCAACCCGGUCGUGGGCAUCAGGCCAAGUCCACCAGACAUGGGAAUUGCCACAUCCUGGCCGGCUACGCCAGGUCCCUAUGUGGAGCCUCGCCUCCAACUUCUCACCAAAAUGCUGAUCGAACCUUUGCUACGGGAUGAUUCGGUGACUCGUCUCAAUCUCAAUUGAAUGGGGUACAGCUUCAAGUCCAACUCAUCUUCUCGAUAUCGAGCUCAGCCGACUAUCGAAGAAGUUGACUUGCCAGUAGAAUGGGCUCUAUACAAGUCGACGAGAGUGAUGAUCGAAGGCUGGCAAAUGGCCAUUCUGCCGACAUAUUGUCUACCAGAGAGGCUGACGCGGAGGGCUUUUGGUCUUUCAAGGUCGCCGGCCUUGCAUCCGAUCCUCCAAACACUCCAACGGGUCUAAGAGAGGACAUCUUGCUCCUCGCAUGGCUCCUCGUUCUCUUACGAACCCAAGACGAAGGUCACGUCUGGUUUGAUUGGGCUUACGAAGCUCGAGAAAAUGGUGCUCUCCACGAGCCCGUUAAAAGGCGCUUGGCGAUGGAUGAAUUUGUGACAGGUUUACAAGACAAUAUCGGGCAAGUUGGUGCUAGAAUUGCUCGCCACAUGACGACAUGUACCCAGAGUCAGCUACCUGGAGGCUCUGGCCCUGUUUCGCUUCUGUUGAGCACCGGUUCCCUAUCUCAGACUCCUGAGAAAGCGAAUGAUCAAUGUAUACUGCAUCUCCAAGUACAAUUUGACGAGGGCCGUCUCAAAAUUCGUCCAGUAUGGCAGACAGAGAACAUGUUGCCAUAUACGAUGACACGACACGUCAUAGCACUGGUCGAUACCGUCAAAAUGUGCCUUUUGAAUCCGGACGACCCCGUUAAAAGUGUUAUUCGACCGACAGCAGCUGAUCUGGAUGAAAUAUGGAAGUGGAAUCACCCACUGCCACCAUCCUACAACUUUUGCAUGCACGAAGUGAUUUGCCAGCAAGCCGAGAUAUUCAAAGACAAGUUAGCAAUCUUAUCCUGGGAUGGCAGCCUCACAUACGCCGAAGUGGACCGAUAUUCUACAUCCAUUGCCUAUUCGCUGAAAGAGAUGGGGGUCGAGUUGCACGAUGUCCUGCCAGUGUGCUUUGAGAAAUCAAGAUGGACCAUCGUCGCCGUGCUUGCGGUGAUGAAAGCAGGGGCGACAUUCGUUCUGAUGGAUCCAACCCUCCCGCUUGCGCGUCUGCAAACCAUGGCGAAACAGGUCGGAGCAAAGACGAUGCUUACAUCCCGGAAACAACACGAGUAUUCGGCGGCAAUCCUGCCCGAUGGGAACCUUAUGGUUGUGGAAGAGGACUCGUUCAAGCACAUCCCAUGCUCGCAAGUCAUGCCGAAAUUGACAGUCGUUCCCCCAUCUACUCUGAUGUACAUAAUUUUCACUUCUGGCAGCACGGGCGUCCCGAAAGGAGUCUUGAUUUCUCACGAAACCUACACAAGCAGUGCCUUUCCUCGGGCAGAGGCAGUCGGAUACACGGAGCACUCUCGGGUUCUUGACUUUGCGUCGUAUGCUUUUGAUGUCAGCAUCGACAGCAUGCUUUGCACUCUUUCGAAGGGCGGAUGUCUCUGCAUUCCCUCUGACGAAGAUCGGAUGAACGACCUGAAUGGAGCAAUGCGAAGAAUGCAAGUCAACUAUGCCGGCCUGACCCCUUCGGUAGCCAGAAUAUUGGACGCGGAUGUCGUGGCCUCACUCAGCGCCCUGGGUCUCGGAGGGGAGGCAGCCACAGCAAGAGAAGUGACGCGCUGGGGCCAAGUCACUAGGAUCGUUAUAGGCUACGGGCCAUCCGAAUGCACGAUCGGAUGUACAGUCAACAGCAGCGCUGCCACCGGCAGGGACUAUGUAUCCCUUGGGAGAGGCAACGGGGCAGCUAUAUGGAUUGUCGACCCCACUGAUCACGAAUUGCUCAUGCCGGUGGGUGCUGUGGGCGAAUUGCUUGUCGAAGGUCCUAUUGUGGGACAAGGCUACUUAAAUGAUCCCGACAAAACCGCGGCGGCUUUUAUCAGUGAUCCAUUGUGGCUCACCGCAGGCCAUAAUGGCUAUGAAGGUCGCCGAGGCCGCUUAUACAAGACUGGAGAUCUUGGAAAAUAUGAUCCUGAUGGAUCUGGCGGCAUUGUCUUCAUUGGGCGAAAGGACACGCAGGUCAAAUUGCGCGGACAACGCGUCGAGCUUGGAGAAAUCGAGUACCAGCUCAAAGCUAGACUCCCUCCAGGCACCAACGUCAUUGCAGAGGUGAUUGUGCCUUCAGGUUCUGGAGGUCAACCUACAUUAAUGGCGUUCAUUGCAUUUCAGUCUAUGAAAGGACAAGAGUCUACCGAUCUACAGUGGGCGCAACCCCAUAAAGAUCUACAGGAAAUGCUGUCAGCGGCGGAUGCGGAGUUGGCCAAGGUCCUCCCACGAUAUAUGGUGCCAACCGCAUAUGUGCCGGUCAACUACAUUCCUGUGAUGAUAUCAGGCAAGACCGAUCGCAAAAGACUGAGGCAGUUCGGUGCGACCUUCGACCUUCGACAGCUAGACCAAGCCACGAGUAAUACCGCUCCUCGACAGCUGAGCGAUCUUGAGCAACUCGUGCGGCUGGCCUGGAGCCAGACACUGCAGCUUGAUCCAGAAACCAUUCGGCCUGACGACAAUUUCUUUGCACUAGGCGGCGACUCGUUAAUGGCAAUGAAACUUGUCUCUGGUUGUAGAGCUCAAGGUCUCGAUGUUACAGUGGCGAACAUAUUUCGCUGCCCUACGCUCUUAGCGAUGGCCGACAUUGUCCAAACUUGCAGCUCUCAAACACGGACAGAAACGCCAGCCUUUUCUAUGAUCUCCCAAGAUGCUGAGAGUGCCCGCUUCGAAGCGUCACAAUGGUGUGGUACAGAUCCAGCCGCCAUCGAAGAUAUCUACCCCUGCACACCAUCACAAGAAUCGCUUUUCACCUUCUCCAUCAAAUCAACACGAGCCUAUAUUGCCCAGAGAAUCGCUUGUAUACCGUCACAAAUCAGCCUUGAUGCCUGGAAAAAAGCUUGGGAGGAGGUUGUCGCGGCAAGUCCUAUGCUGCGCACUCGCUUAGUGCAACUCCAAGAUCCUGGUUUGCAGCAAGUUGUGUUGAGAGAGAGCAUAUUCUGGAGACAUUCGACUGAUUUAUCGCUCUACCUUGAUGAGGACCAGAGUGAGAAGAUGGAACUUGGUCAAAGCCUAGCUCGAUAUGCCAUCGUCGACAACUCCAAGGACGACAAACGAUACAUGGUCUGGACCAUUCAUCACGUUCUCUACGAUGGGUGGUCCGAGCCUCUGAUACUCCAGAAAGUCAGCAAUGCCCUGCGGGAUGAGCAGACCGAGCCACAAGCUGAAAUGAAGGACUUUGUCAGAUAUGUGCGAGACGUGAGUGAAGUCGAGGCUCAAGAGUUCUGGCGGCAAGAAUUGGACGGAGCCGUUGGCCCUCAAUUCCCGCGUCUGCCUUCUAGAGACUAUUUGCCGACUCCCGACGGCAUGCUUGAACAUCAAUUUCGGCUGGAGACAAACCUUGGAUCGACUUUCACAAUAGCUACACUGAUCCGUGGUGCAUGGUCGCUCGUGAUGUCACAGUAUACAGGAAGCGACGACAUCGUUUUCGGCGAGACGCUCACAGGUCGAGACAUUCCUUUAGCGAAGGUCGAAAGCAUCGAAGGCCCAUUGAUCGCGACUUUACCGUUGCGCAUACGUAUCAACCGAACGAGCUCUGUACAAUCUUACCUACAAACGGUGCAGGAAGCCGUACUUGUGCGUACACCAUACCAACAUGUCGGAAUGCAAAACAUCAGAAAGGUUAGUCGGGAUGCUCAACACGCAUGCGAAACCGGUACGGGUCUAGUCAUCCAACCAGAGCCAGAGUACGUGGGCACCGAACUUGGAUUUGGGCAGACAGAUAUCGUCCAUGAAGCGCUACAUUUUAACCCGUAUCCACUUAUGUUGGCCUUUGGAACACAAAAAGGCAGUUUGAGGGUCUGCGCGAGCUUCGACACCGGCCUGAUUGACGUCGCACAAAUGAAACGAGUACUCGCGCAGCUAGAGACGGCUUGCUUGCAGCUAAUGAAGGAUCCUCUCCGAAGACUCAAUGAAAUAUCUUGUCUGCCCGAAACGGAACUCGACCAGAUCUGGCGCUGGAACAAAAUCCCUCCAUUGUCCUUGGACAAGUCAUCCGGCAGGCUUCGAGCAGAUGCAAGUAUCGAUCAAGGAUCAACAUAUCCUCCUGCGGUGGUAUCUUGGGUAUGUAACCCACAAAAUCCGUCUCUCUUGUCGCCCAUUGGCAGUAUUGGCGAGCUUUGGCUGGAAGGGUCUUUCUUUGCAGCUGAUAACACUUCAUCUCCCACCUGGCUCCUGGCUGGAAGCUCCACUUGUGCUGGUCGAUCCGGAACAGUGCAACCGACCGGCGACUUGGUCCAGUUACAGGACGACAGCAGCCUCGUUUUCAUCGGUCGAAAGGAGAAUCGCUCAACAAUCCAAGGCCACGUAAUGGACAUCGCAGACCUCGAAGCUCAUGUCACCAAUUAUCUUCCGUCAACAACCCGCGCCGCCGCCGCCGUAUUCCAAUCGCCACCGGACGGGAAUCAGCAGUCAGCCGAGCAUGAAUUGGUCGUUUUCGUCGAGCAGCAGCCCUCUCAGGAGGAGCAUGUUCCGCUCAUGGCAGCGAAACAUGACAUGACUUACGAUGCACCCGGGCCAUCCAGAUUGCACCUAACUGUCCAUGCGACAAUUCACCUCGGCCUUGCCAUUGCCCUAAAAAAGCUUGACAAAUUCAUCCAAGAUUCUCUCCCACCAUACAUGCUUCCCUCUGCGUAUAUCGUGGUUGACAAAAUACCGACCGAGAUGGGACGGCCUGAUCAUAAGCUGUUGAACCAGAUAGCAUCGAGAAUUCCUAGGUCUGUCCUCACAACCCUACAGGAAAGCUUGAAGGAGGUAUGGAAGACCACCACCACGCAGACAAGCUUGACCACCCCAGAGAACAUCGUGCGCUCUGCCUGGGCGAAGAUACUGAGAAUAAGUCCAGACAAGAUUGACCUGGACGACAACUUCUUCCGCCUCGGAGGGGACUCGGUGCUGGCCAUGAAAUUGGCAUCGAGUCUUCGGGUUCAGGGACACACUUUGACAGUGGCCGACAUCUUCCAGAACAUGAAGCUUCGCGACGCAGCUAGAGUGUUGAGAGUGGACCAAGUAUCCGUGGAGAAGACGCCGGAUUACAAGCCAUUCUCGAUGCUUGACGGGGUGGACGUGGGCCUGUUCCUGUCCGACGUGGUGCGGCCGAAGCUCGCUGACCCGCGCUGGACCAUCCAGGAUGUCAUGCCAGUGACCGAGUCUCAAGCGAUCGAUGUCAGGGCAACAAUUCAGGUCCCGCGGACAUCCAUCCAAUACACCAUGUUGUACUUUGAGAAGGGCCUCAAUCUGGACAAUCUGAUCCGCGCCUGCAACAAGUUGGUCACGACUCACGACAUUCUGCGCACUGUCUUUAUCGAGCACGAGUCGUCGCUGUUUCAAACUGUCCUGGACGAGCUGGAAUCUCCCGUGUCCACGCACCAAUCCGAAGGAGAUCUUGAACAAUACGUCGUCGCACUCUGCAAGACGGACAUAGAAUCAGACCUGCGCCUGGGGACACCUUUCCUCAAGAUGUUCCAUGUUAAGGGUCCGGACGGCAAAGGCUGCCUCAUCAUAAGACUAUCCCAUGCUCAAUACGACGGCAUCUCUCUGCCCAGGCUGCUUCGAGACCUGGAAACCUUAUACGCAGGGGGAACGGUUGUCGACUUCAGGCCGUUCUCCGCCUACAUGGCGCGCGUUGGCGACGGACGCGUCAAGGAACCGGCACUGAAUUACUGGCGCACCCUUCUGCAGGGCUCCAAACUGUCGAUUUUGGAGGGACCCUCAGCACAGCACGCGACACGAGCGAUGUUCCUCACCAAACCCGUCGACGCCGCUCGCCGUCCCGCGGAGAUCACAACCGCGAGUCUCCUGGCCGGGGCAUGGGCCCUCGUCUUGGCUCGCCGUCUGCAGCAACCCGAUGUGACAUUCGGCUGCAUCACGUCAGGCCGCAACAUGGACAUGCAAGACGUGGAGAAGGUCAUGGGCCCGUGCUACCAGUUCACCCCGGUGCGAGUCCCAUUCGAGGCGGGAUGGACGGCGAUGGACCUGCUGCGCUUCGUGCAGAGGCAGAGUGCCGAGUCUGCGGCCAAUGACUUUGUCGGGUUUGGAGAGAUACUCAGAAGCUGCAAUACGCAAUGGUCGUUGCCGGAGUCGUCGUCGUCACGACACUUCUUCUUCGACUCUGUCGUCCAUCACCAGGAUUUCGAGGACUACGACACGAUACCCUUUGCGGGAGAGACGUGCAGGGUGGAGAUCCAGAACCCGCACGGCGACGCGGCCCAUCCGCUGAAGGCCGUCUCGUUCGUCCAGAGUGGGCAGACGCACGUCGGCGUGGUCGGCAGUGAACGUGACCAAGCCUUGAUCGAGGCGCUCCUCGCCGAACUGGCUGCGGCUGUCGAAGAGGUUUCUGCCCAUCGACCGGAGAUCCUCCGGCUCAAUGGCUGAUUACCUGACUGGCGAAUUGAUUGGCGCAGAGUAGCUUGCUUGCUUUACGGGACAUAUACAUAUGCUCUUGGUAGUGAGUGACCGGUAUGAGAUCUCGUUCCUCCGUUCUUUAGCAAUGGCUUCCUGCAAGAAUGUGUGUGUGUGUGUGUGUGUGUGUGUGUGUGUGUGUGUGUGUGUGUGUG